AUGUUAGUUAAUAGUUAAUUGCUGGAAAGUUGAAGGAUAUUUUCGUAACUAAAGGUGGGACUAGCCAGAUGCAUACUAGGUAGGUAUAUUUAUGUACUAAUAAGCAGAAUAUUAUGUGGUGUCCAAUCACUCCUUUAAUCGCAUAGAAAUCCACCUUAACACUUUAGCUGCUUACAACAACAUUUGUUGAACUCAGAAUUGAAUCCCAAGCCGCAAACAACUAAUUUCUGAUAUAAUCGCCAACUUUGUCACCAUUUCCACAAACUUACUCACUCCAAACAUCAAAAUCAUCAUGGAAAACGGCACGACAAGCCAAGGUGAGGGCAAAGACCCCUCUGGUUUCCUCUCUGAUAUCAUCGGCAAUCCUGUCACCGUCAAGCUGAAUUCCGGUGUUGUGUACAAAGGCGAGUUACAGUCCGUGGACGGCUACAUGAACAUUGCUCUAGAAAAGACUGAAGAGUACGUCAAUGGCGCCAAGAGGAGGACGUAUGGAGAUGCUUUUGUGAGAGGAAACAAUGUCAUGUACAUAUCAGCCGACUGAUAUAGCAAUGAGCUUUACCCUUGGCUGAUGAAGGACAUGCCUUUGGGAGCCUUUCCGGCAAUCGGGCAUCCCUAGUGGUAUUCAUGGGCGUUUUACUCAUUACAUUCAUAUAGAGCACUCUAGGUAUCACCCUUAUCUUUAAGACGAUGAAGCUUAUGAU